AUGGAGUCACACACCUUGCAAGCCUUGCUGAUGGAACUCACCUGCCCCAUCUGUACGAACUACUUCCUAGACCCGGUCACCUUAGACUGUGGGCACAGCUUUUGCCAUCCCUGCCUGUGCCUCAGCUGUGAUGCAGCCCAGACUUCAAUGUGCUGCCCUUAUUGCAGACAAGUGCCAGAGAAGCCAGAUUUCAAUAUCGACAUCCCACUCAGGACCCUGGCUUCUCUAGCGAGACAGGCCAGAGCUGAUUCUGUCAACAGUUCUGAGGAACAGGCCUGUGUGGCACACGAUGCAGCAAAGGGGCUCUUCUGUGACGUUGAAAAGAAAUUGUUCUGUGGGCUCUGCUCUGAAUCCCUGGACCAUGUGGCUCACAGCCACAGCCCGGCACAACGGGCUGCUGAGGAAUACAGGGAGAAACUUCUCAAGAGGAUGGGCUACUUAUGGAAUAUGACUCAUGAAAUGCAAAAACAAUGUGAAGCUAGAUGCCUGGAAAGCUGUGUCAUUGGAGGAGUAUGGGCCGUUAGGAAGGUGUUAAUCAAAGCUGAAUAUAAGAAGAUAUAUCUAUUUCUCUAUGAGGAAGAGCGCCUCUAUGUUGAUACAAUGGAGAGAGAAGCAGAGGAGAUCUUCCAACAACUGCAGGAGAGCAAAGUCAGAAUGACCCAACAGACAGAAAGCCUCAAAGAGAUGUUUAGAGAGCAGAUGGACAUGUGCCACAAGCCACAUGUGGACAUGCUCCAGGACUGAAUUGGUGCAAAAUCAAAGCCUCAGCCAGUCUAUCCUGUGCUCACCUCGUGGUGCUGCACUGGACUCCUAGUCAUGCUGAACAGGUUUAGAGACAGAGAAGAGCCACUCAAGUGCCUUUGUCUAAACACCUUUGAGCAUUUGUCAGGAGCUAUCACCACAGGACUUCUUUUCUGGAUGCCGGCUAAGAUUGUUAGUGUAAGGCAAGGCAGAAGCAUGAGCCAGCAGUCUGCUCCGGGGAGGCCUUGCAGCUCUGAAGUCCUGACAGAAGCCAUCUCAGCGGCCCUGUGCCUCUGUGUCUCCAGCCAGAGAGUUCUCUAUCCAGAAAAAGCCCACCAAAAGUCCUAUAAAAACCGCCUACUCCUGUCAUUGGGUGCUGCAGCCAUCCAGACUCAGCCACCUGUUGUGCGGAUGAUUCAGUAA